AUGAGUCGCCUCAUGCUGCGAGGCAUUCAGUGCUACGGCUGCCGCAGCCAUGUAAUUCAAUCUUUUCUCGCAAUUGCGGACAUUACUUUUCCCGCGCCUUUGUACCACAAACCGUUCGUUCGAACUCAGCCUCAGCACCAGAGCAGCUUCUCGUCGCUACGCAGUCCGCCCGUGCGUGGACAGUCUGCGGCUCAUAGCGUUGCCUCCAGGGAGCCGUCGGAUGACAAUGGCAGCGAGCAACAGCUCGACGCCGCACCGCAGUCAGCAGAGCAUGUACCCUGGUAUUUAAAAGAAGAAACAGCAGAGGCGCCACCUCACCCCCUGAGGCAGCGCCAGGAGAUACCGCCAUUGCCAGACAACCCUCCACCGAUACUCGAGGGGCUCUUGCAGCACAUCUCGAUGGACAUUGGCCUCGAUGAUCUUUCAUUGCUAGACCUCCGCGGUCGCGAGCCUCCACCAGCGCUUGGAGCAAACUUGGUGAUGAUCUUUGGAACUGCUCGAAGUAUUAAACACCUUAACGUUGCCGCCGAUCGCUUAUGCCGCUGGUUGAGGAGCACUCAUAAGCUCCAUCCCACUGCAGAUGGCCUCUUGGGUAGAAACGAGCUGAAGAUCAAGCUUCGGAGAAAGGCUCGCCGAGCAAAGCUAGCAAGCAAUUCGGGAACGCCUUAUGAAGACAAGGAUGAUGGCAUCACAACUGGAUGGAUAUGUGUAAAUGUCGGUUCUGUUGAAAAUGGAAAACAACGUGUUACUACUCAGAAGCGCGAUUUCGUGGGAUUCGGAAAUACCGUGGAAAGCGCCCGCAUUGUGGUACAGAUCCUGACUGAGGAAAGGAGAGCUGAGCUUGAUCUUGAAGGCCUUUGGAGUGGUAAUUUUCCUCCGCGCUCUGCCAGCGAAAUAAGGGCUUUCGAGCACCAGUUUGAAGCCUUUGCUGAGAAAGUAGCCAUUGGCACGUCAAAUGGGCCCAACCCCACCUAUCGCGAAUCCAAGACUGUACACGGAGCUCCACCAGGCACGGACCAUGGGCAGAGGAGAGGUAUUCACACGAGCCGUUGUGUACAGCAGAUCAGUGUUGAUGCAACUGUACUUGACCCUGGCCUUGUACCACGACAGGGGGACGAUCCUCUGGGCCCUAUUCCGACUGGUCCUACCAGAUCCUCAAAACCACUAUCGCCUGAUAUUGUCUCAUUAUUCCAACAUUUAGUUAAACUUCCAAGGGACGAAGCACUUCGAGAACUUGGGUCUGGCCCUGAGGAUAAGAGUUCUACGCUCUUCCUCCGCCUAUUCCACCAAGCUUUAUCAAAUAUCAGUCAAGAUUCUAACGACCACAUUCUAGCAAAACUAGAAUUGUCGCGUCUUGCUGUUAAACUACAACACCCUAAGUAUAGCAAGACGAAUCUAUUCGAUGCCUUCAAAGAUCUAGCUGCUUCUGGUAGUGACAUACCAGAGAUAAUAGCACUGAAGACAGUGAAAGCUUUACUUUCAUUUACUGAAAACGAGAGUGAUAUGGCUAAUGCCGUGAAACGGGUUUCCAGAACUGACAUUGACUUCGCGUUGAAAGUCCUCAACCAUAUGAGCCUACGUGGGAUGGACAUUUUGAGCCGUGAAGUGUUCUCGAUGCUUUAUGCGGCUUCUGGUUUCCAGGUUCCGGUGCGCCCCAUGAAAGAACACAAUAACCCCAACUCUAUCGAGGUUGAAACGUCCAUACCUGUCACUGCGGAGGAAUUUGAUGAGGUGCGCCUUGUCCAGGACCGCUUACGCAAAAUCAUGCACGCUUUCGACGUUAAGUUUGGCCCCGAACAGUUUCUGAGCUUGCUCCGAUUCCAUUUCCACCAUGGUAAUUACGAUCAGUUCUGGGCAAUAUGGCGAAAAAUGUCUCUGCUUCAGCUCCCCCGGUCAAAAGAGUUUUACGUAUUGCUGUUCCGUCUACAUGCUGAAAGAGGGCACCAAGCAAAGACAUCCGAAUGCUUGUCGUCGUGGAUCCCAAUGAUGGCAAGAGAGGAGCCGCCUGUUCGGAUAGACGCUGAACUUGCGCGUGUGAUCAUGGCUUGCUUACUUGUAGCCGAUCCGUCCAUUAAGACACGAGCCGAUUCUGGAGACCGCAGCGAGUAUUCAAACCUGUGGAGUCGAUGCUGGGAGCUUGUGGCCGCCAGCAAAGCGGCUCAGGCCUGA